AUGUGUGAGAUCAGUGUUGUACCAUACUAUGAUGGGCACCUCAUGGUGCGUGAUUGCAACAUGUUUGACAAGGUAUUUUGGAUCUUCCUUCCCUACGUGGAGGCUUUCAAGCAUUGUAAGCCAUUCUUUCUUAUUGAUGGCACAUAUCUGUAUGAAAAAUAUGGUGGUGUUUUGCUUAUUGCAGUGGCACAAAACGGUAAUAGGAAUAUCCUUCCUAUAGCUUUUACAAUUGUUGAAUCUCAAGCGAUCAAGGUAGCACUGAGAGCUGAGGAUAAUGGCUGGCAUCCUCUUAGAGCGUUUCAUGCUUAUUGUGUCCGGCACAUGGCAGCAAACUUUAUGUUUCAUUUCCAGUCUGCUAAUGAAAAGAUGUAUCUCAUAAAUGCUGCUUAUAGUCUAAGCAAAGCUGGGUACAAAUGA